CGUAAUCACAUUUUGUGCACUGUAAAUGUACUUGGACAGCUUGGAUCUCUGACUGAGACUGCAGUGUGUGGUACAUAGACAGAAAUUCUCAGUGAAUUGCUGAUAAAAAGAGAGAGAGAUAGAAUAAAGAGAGAAGGAGUGAGGGAUGGCGUGCAAUGGGGGAUGUGGAUGUCCAGUUUUCAGCAACCUCUUGACGGUCCGUGAGAACGCUUUGCUCUUCACUCUCCUGGGAGCCGAGUGUAAGUCAGUGGUCUCAGCAGUAGCCCAGGUGUAUGUGUCCUUCCCUGGGCGUCCGGUGUGGAGGCAUGAGGGCAGUGGGGUAGUGUGUCUGGUCGAAGACCGCUCACAACACUCCUACUUCCUGCGUGUGUACUGCGUCAAGAGAUCUAAGUUGCUGUGGGAACAGGAGCUGUAUGUUCCUUUUAGAUACUCUGCACCGCACCCCUACUUCCACACCUUCCCUGCAAAUGACUGCCAGGCGGGCCUGAACUUUGCAGAUGAGGCAGAGGCAGAGAGGUUCUGUGCAGCUGUGGAGAGACAGAUCCAACAAGCCCCAGACAGAGCUAGUGGGCAGAUGAACCAUACUGACAGUGUGGAUUCCUCCUCAGGCUGUAUCUGUGAACAGGAACAGAGCCGAUCUGAGAUCAGCACUCCAUCUCCAUAUGAGUCAGAACAGGAGUCCCAGGUGAGAGUGGACCCAGAGCAAGGCCUCAGUACUAGAGAGCUGGACCCUGCUCUGAGGAAGCUGGUCAGGAUGGAGAGGCAAAACGAGAAGGAUAUGAAGGACAGACACACGUCUAAAGUCAUCUGCAGCCUCAUCUACAGUCUGGGGGGCGUGAUGGCUGACAGCAGGGACAUGAACAACAGAGGUCCAGCCUCUAAGACCUUACCCAACAGAUCUACAGGGACCUCCACCUCCCUGGCCCUGAGGAAGGGGCCUCUGCCUCCUCUCCCGUCCCCCCUCACACGGAGUGUCAGCUCUCGAGAUGUCUCCAAGAGCCCUCUCCCCCCCUGGGUCCCCCAACCUCCUUCUAUGCCCGCCCCCCCUCCUCCUGCAGGGGCACACGCUGAGAGGAUCAGAAAGACCAUGAGCUUCAGACCGGUGGGCUCACCCUCUGCUGUAGAGUCUGACCUGGUCCUGAGUACACUGAGGGAGAUAUUCCAGAAACGCCAAUACCUCCAGCAUCAUAAAGGUGGACCUAUUGUAUCUCUCUCUCCAUCUCAUCUCAUCACAGUCUGUGAUGUCGGCUUACCCUGGGGUCAUCUCAAGUCAGGCCUGUUCUGCAGCUCAUCAUGUCUGUCUUCUCCUCCGCAGAUGACACCACAAGCCAGUCAGAGAUGGAUUCUUACAGCGGGCAGUGGCUGUAGAGAUAACAGGUUGAGAGGAGAAAUACCCCCCUGCUUUCACAAGCAUGUGGUUUCACAAGCAUGUUGUUUUUUGAAGUUUUCACUUUUGUCUUUCACUUUGAAUUAAUUCACUGUUAAAUAAUGAUGCGUAAUUGAAAAAUUUGUUUUAGUGAAGAAUACAAUGCUCAAUCAAGCCCUUUCUAAAAUAAAAUCUGUAAAAUCCUCCAUUGAA